AUGAUUCCGCCACCAAGAGAAAACUUGCCUUCAGUCUCGAGGAUCAGACAAGCUCCCCCGCAGUCACAAUGUGCCAAGGUGCCUUGCUUAAUUUGUGAUCAUGAGUUGCACGCACAGUAUGUCCGUCACCACAGGGUUUGGCACCGCGCCCUCAGCACAUUGCAAUAUCACAAGGCCAAGUCGCCAGUUAGCUUGCUGGCCCUCCGAAUCCGCCGGCGGGGCAUCAUCUCCAAGGCGGCAAAAUCCAAGAGAUGGAGCUCACUGAAGCUGGAGAAGAUAGACUACGCAUAUGAGUUGGUGAAGUCGCAUCGGAUGUCAACUUGGCCAAUUCUUCUUGAGAAAUCCAUCCUGUGCACCAUGGAGCCGCCGUUGUCCCUCAGGAUGCCGAGGAAAAACUGCACCAAAGCCUUCGGUGUCUGUCAGGACAUGAAUGCUCCUUGGAAAUCUCAGAUGGAGGACAUCUAUGUCUUCAUAGAUUGUUACGGCGGUCGAAGCAACUCGUGGUUCAUUGGGCUCUUCAAUGGCUUUCACGGUAGCACUGCAGCUCAGUUCACAUCCAAAGACUUACCCCUCCUGAUCCUGCAGCAGUUGGCCUUGGCUGGGCAUCCCUAUGAACUGUCUGAGGAAGAACACACUUAUCUCUUUCAGUACAAUGUGCUUUUUCCCCAAGGUACUGCUGAGAAAUCACUCACCGAACCUACUUAUGCAGCAGCAACUGCGAGGAAGGGGUCCAUAGACCGUCUUUAUGGAUCUGUCCACAUGGCUUUUGCCAAGGCUUUCUGGAAAAUGGACAGAAUAUUGAGGCUGGGACGAAAUGAAAGAUCUAAAGUCCGGUGGAGUGGUUGUACAGCUACCACCUGUCUGCUGGAACCUUCCGUAUCCCAAAUCCCAAAUACAACUGAGGUGAAUGAGGACAGAGUUGGCGCUCAGUCAGAAAACAAUUCGUGUGAAAAUGGAACACUACACAUAGCCAAUGCAGGUGAUGUACAAGCUGUGUUGUGUAAAAACGGAAAAAGUUACCGUUUAAAUGGAAACCACAGCACAUCAAACAGUAAGGAACGUAAGCGUAUUCUUCACGCUGGUGGAACAAUCAGUAAAAAUCAACAACAUGGGCUUGUAGAAGGAAUCACUCAGUCAACACGAGGACUUGGAUACCAUGGUGAUCCCAAACUUAAAACAUCUAUUAUACCAAUACCAUAUACUGCCUCUAUUCCUAUAGACUCCUCAUGCCAGUUUAUUAUCCUAGCUUCAAGUGGAUUUUGGAAAGUACUUAACAGGCAUGAAGUAGUUUCAAUUACAUUGCAAAUGCUUUCAUUUUAUUUUGGAUCUUCCCACACAAAUGUUAAAGAGAUUCAUACCUUACAUGUCAUGGAUCACAGUAAACGGCACAUCGAUUUAGGGUCCUCCUUAAUAUAUUUGCUUGAUGAGUUUUCUGAGCAGGGGUAUAAUGAUGCUGUGAUAUCCACUGAGCAUUUAUUUGAGGAGCUUCUUGGGAAGAAAUAUGCUAUUAAAAGGGAUCAUGUUGAACGUUUACUCAUGCAAUAUUCACUCAAGGAUGUCAAUAGUACAGUUAAACAUGCUUUAGAUAAUUUAAUGGAGAACAUUAUAAAGCAAGAAGAAUCCAAGUCCGUAAUUAAACACGUGACUGAUGAGUUUCCAGUAAUGGCAGAACAUAGUAGCAAUAUAUCUGUGGAAGAUUUACUUCAUAAUUCUUCAAGUAAAGAACUUGGAACAAUGGUGUCAAAUUUUCAGAAGAAACCUCUAUCAGAAAUGGAAGUCAAGGACAGAGUUACCUUAGAAAAUUCUACUGGGGAAACAUCAGAGGAGGAAUACAUUGCUGACAGAACAUCAGUUGUUACCUUUGCUGAGGAUCUUAAAGCCAAUGAAGAAUUAAAUGAUCAUUAUAGCCAAGAGAAUAUUACCAAUAAUACAAAGCCAAACACAGGCUCCAUGAGUUCCAUUCAAAUUGAAAUAUCUUUGUCAGAAACUGAAGCCGUCAUUGAGAGACCAUACGAUGAAGCUUAUACUACGAAUCAGAAUACAGAAGCAACAAGUCAGGAAACAGCCAAAGAAAUAGAAGUUUUUCAGCAUGAAACUAUAGCAAAAACGAUCAGCGAAAGAUUAGUCCAAACUGCUAAAUUAGCAGGAGCUUGUGAUAACCUAACAGUUAUGAUAUUGUUGCUUCCAGGUUGUACAAAGACACUUUCUUUGGCUGAACAGCAACAAUAACACAAUCUUAAACAAUGUAGAAAUAGUAUUUUUAGCAAUAUUUAUUCUAUCUUAUUGUAAAGCUCCCCACAGCUGGCUCAUUUAUUUUCAGAAGCAAACUGGCUAGGUAGCCACUGUACUCAAAAAUUUAUUUUGUUCCAUCUACUAUGAAAUACACUCAUAAUACAUUGAACCCACCAAUGGCUAAGUAGGUAAAUAGAUUACCACCAUUUCUGGCAAAAUUAGUUUAAGCCAUUCCUCCCUUAGUCAUGCUUGGUGGCCACAAAGACAUGGGUACCUAGAACUAAUUUAACACAUUCUUUAUGAACUAUCCUCCAUUCACUGUGUUUCUGUUAAAGAAAUCACUGUGCUUUCUUCUGGAAAUAUUGCUGUUAACUAAUCUGAAGUACUAUUGCUGUUUUAAUGGAGACUUUAAAUGGACUUUGUAUGUUGCUUCCUUAAUGCUUAAAUAAACCUUGAGUAGAAUUGCAUAUUCUGCUGUAAAACUCAUUUUCAUUCUAUUCCACCUCCAAGUCAUUUACUGAUCAUGUAUAGCGUCCUUCAUAAUGAUGCUUGCCUAAAGAUACAGCAUAAUCGGUCUUUUAUAUUCUGAUAGAAUGUAAACUCUCUUUGGUUGCUGCAUGACCUGCUAAAUAUUUCCAACAUAGCCCAUUUUCAUUUCUGAGUUAGCCUGAAGUAGGAUAAAGAAUUCACCAAGGUUAGAUUUGCAAGAGCUCUGCUUUUAACAAGGGCUCCAAAAGAAUGUUACUUGGCCAGAAAAACUGACAUCCAGGCAUGUGGGUGACAGGAAAAACUAAGUUAAUAGCCCAGGGAGGGCACACAAGUACAGAUCAGAGGCUUAAGCUCUCAGAGAAUUGUGGGUGGGGUUGGCCUUUCCCACACCUCUGUCCUGGGAGCUGCACUUCCCCUGGCCCACAUUGGGUACAUGUACAGAAUUACCAUAAGACCAUAAUAUAUAGGAGCAGAAUUAGGUUAUUUGGCCCUACAAGUCUGCACCGUCAUUUCAUCAUGGCUGAUCCAAUUUUCCUCUCAGCCCCAAUCUCCUGCCUUCUCCUCAUAUCCCUUCAUGCCCUGACUAAUCAAGAAUCUAUCAACCUCUGCAUUAAAGUUACAUAAAGACUUGGCAUCCACAGAUGCCUGUGGCAAAGAAUUCCACAGAUACACCACUCUCUGGCUGAAGAAAUUCUUCAUCGCCAUUCUGGAAUGGACACCCCGUAUUCUGAGGCUGUGUCCUCUGGUCUAAGACGCUCCCACAAUAGGAAACAUCCUCUCCACAUCCACUGUAUCGAGGCCUUUCACCAUUUGAUAGGUUUUAAUAAGGUCACCCUUCAUUCUUCUGAAUUCCAUUGAAUACAGACCCAAACCCUCUCCAGUUUCAGCACAUCCUAACCUCUUGUAAUCAGAAAUUCCUUACCUUUGAUGAACAAUUUAGAUCUAGGUAGCUUUUCAUUUACAGUUCCUUUUAGCUCUGACUUUCCAAGAACCUAACAAUAGCAAGAUUUCUGUAUUUUAAAAUGAUAGAAAUACUUGCUCAGUCUUGCUACACCAACACUGACAAUCCUGUCCUAUUUGUUUAGCAUGGAUAUGGAGUUCAAAUCAAAGGGACAAUCUCUCACUCAGAUGGCCCAUAAUGACUGCUUGAAUUAAUUACCAGAGACAUUGGGGUACUCCUGUGGAUUAUUAGAAGUAAAAAUACUGUAUAGUGAAUAAGUGAAUUGUCCAGAAGACACAACAUAAUUUACAAAUAGUUAAUUUAAAUGAUUCAUAAUCGCUUCAAAAUUUUAAGAUUUGAAUUUUCUAUAAAUUGGACUAGUUGCUGGAUAGAUUUUUUUUGCACAAAUAAUACCUUCUAACAUAAUUUCCUUCAGAUACGUCAUUAGAAAAACUUUCAUUUACAUUUGACCCAAGGCUUUGAAAAAUGCAUACUUUCAAUAAGGUACAUUUUGAGGUUAGUACAAUAAAGCUAUAAUCUCCUAUCUCCAAAUUUAUUGGGGCCUUGCUUCCCACUUAAUCUUUAAACUGGUGUUGUACCACCAUGCAAAUACUAUAAAGGUUAAUUCAAAGUGUGUUGUUAUAAUAAUAGCCAAUAAUCAGGAAAACCUUUCAGUUUAAUAAUAUUCAAAGGGUGCUUGAUUAUUGGAGUUUUACAGUAAUGUAGAAUUGAGCAGCCAAUGUGCGCACAGCAAGUUCUUCAAACACCAGUGAUAUUAUUGACCACAGAUAACUCACCUGAUUAGAACAGUGUCAUGAAAUCUACUCUGUCUACCACCAGGCAUUAUUUCGCAUUUAAUAUGAAAGACAGUAUCCCUGGAUCCAAUUAAUUAUUGGAGUAUCCUUAAAGAACCACGUGGCUUACUUUUGCUGUUUCUCAUGUUCAAUACUAGCAGAAUAAAGCUAUCGUGUCUGCAGACUGAAAAUUGUUGAAUUAUUGCACCUGCACUUGCAACACAGUUAAAUAGUUGUUCAAGGAACAUUCAAGAGUCGGAAGGAAUGAUAGCAUACCAAAUUUUGCUGUAACAUUUUACAGAUCCAGUUGGCAAUGAUGCAGCUGUUUCCUAGCUAAAUAUCAGUAACACAAUGACUGACCAAUAAAAACUGCCCUCCUCUUCCCUAUCCCACACAAGUUAUGAUUUUGAUAUGAAAUCAACUGUACAUCACUGGAUAUUUAGUGCAGUGCUGUGUGUGUGUGUGUGUGUGUGUGUGUGUUCUUAAACAAUAAUGUUUAUGACAAGGCCAGAAAAUUGAUUCUAAUUUAAGAAAGUAUCCAAUGUUAUUUGCUUGGGUCAAAAGACCCUAAGCUGCUGGGAUAUAUAGUGGAAAUAUUUAUGAUACAGGGAUGGGCCUAUAACUUCAUGACAAAUGAAGCAUUUCACACUACACCAUCCCUCCCCCCCAAAAAAGUUCCCACAAUAUCUGAAAAGCCUUCAAAAUUAACAAAAUGUUUGAAAUGUUUAACAGUUCAGCUGCAU